AUGUGCUUGCUAGCCGCCUGGCUCUUCCUAGCGCCAGGAAGAUCACAGAUAGAGUUGACGGUUGUCGUCACGUCGCUGGUAGACCGUCAGCCGGCAACUGUAACGGUCCACCCGCAGCGGUCGUCAGGUGUAACGGUGGAGAUGGAAUCGUUGGAGGAUGACGUCACGGAGACGGCCGACCCCGAUCCGAUGGAACCCGCUCAAUCGUUCACUGGCUUCGUGAACGGCCCUCACGCGUUGGAGGCGGAAGCAGCGGAAGAUAAGAUUUCCGCGCCAGUGUUCCCGCUGUGCCAAACGGAGGGUCCAGAUUUCAUCCCGUGCCUGGAGAACGAGGCGGCGAUCAAGGUGCUCAAGUCGACGAGCCACUACGAGCACAGGGAGCGGCACUGUCCCGGGAAGGACGGCGUGCUCCGCUGCCUGCUGUCGCUGCCUGAAGGGUACAAGGCGCACGUGAACUGGCCCGAGUCGAGGGACCAGAUCUGGUUUGCCAAUGUGCCACACACGCAGCUCGCAAGCUACAAGGCGGAUCAGAACUGGAUCAAGCCCGAGGGGGACAGAUUCAUAUUCCCGGGCGGCGGAACGCAGUUUAAGUACGGCGUCACUAAGUACAUCUCAUGGCUGCAGGAGGUCUUCCCAUUCCUGUCCUUUGGCAAGCACAUUCGAGCCAUGCUGGACAUGGGCUGUGGGGUGGCGAGUUUCGGCGCGUACCUCGACGCCUUCCACACACGCGUCUUGUCUGUAGCGCCCCGGGACGAGCACAAGGCACAGGUCCAGUUUGCUUUAGAGCGGGGCGUGCCUGCGCUGGUGGGGGUGAUGGGAACGCAGAGGCAGCCGCUCCCCUCCAACGUGCUUGAUGCUCUGCACUGCGCCCGCUGCCGCGUGCCCUGGCAUGCCGAGGGUGGCAAGCUGCUAUUGGAGGUGAACCGGCUGCUCCGACCAGGGGGCUACUUCAUCUGGUCGGCAACCCCCGUGUGCAAGGAGUGUGCUGCCAAGGGCACUGAUGACGAGGGGAUAUGGGCAGCCAUGACGAAUCUCACCACGAGCAUGUGCUGGAAGCGGGUGGGCAAGAAGAUCAGCCACGGGUUCGGCAUCGGGGUAGCCGUGUGGCAGAAGCCGACCGGCAACGACUGCUACGCCGCCCGGCCGGCCGGCGCGCUGCCGCCCAUGUGCCCGCUACAGGACAACGCGGAUGCGGCGUGGUAUAUCCCCAUGCAGACGUGUCUGCAUCACGUGCCGUUUGGGAAGGAGGAGAGGGGCGGCGCGUGGCCGGCGGAGGGUGAAGAGCGGUUGACUGCGGUUCCAGGGUGGUUGGGGAGAGGGAAGGGGAGGAAGAUGAGAGAGGAGGCGGGAGGGGAGGAGACCGGGAGAGUAGGAGGGGUGGAGGGAGGGGAGGAGAGAGGGGAGGAGAGAGGGGAGGAGAGAGGAGGGGAGGUGGUGGGAGUGUAUGGCCGGCCAGUGGUGAAAGAAUAUCAGCACGACGUGGGGCAUUGGGAGCGGGUGGUGCGGCAUUACGUUGAUGGGCUUGGAAUUCGGUGGGAGGGCGUGCGGAACGUGCUUGAUAUGGACGCACACUACGGCGGCUUCGGCGCUGCUCUAGAGAGGGCUAAGCCCGUGUGGACGAUGAACGUGGUGCCCACGACCAGCCCCGACACCCUGCCAGCCAUCUUCGACAGAGGGCUGCUGGGCGUGUACCACGACUGGUGUGAGGCGUUCAACACGUAUCCACGGACUUACGACCUCGUGCACUCGGAUCACCAUUUCGGGAAGGCGCUCACUGAGAAGAGGUGCGAGGCAGCAGACAUCGCGGUCGAGAUCGACCGAAUCCUGCGUCCCUUUGGCUACUUGAUAGCCCGCGAGCACGCGCAGCACAUCCCCUUCCUGCAAGCAGUGGCGAGGGGGCUGGUGUGGAGCCAGACAGUGCUGGUGAAGGAAGGCAGAGAGGCGUUUGUGGUGUUUCAGAAGACCAUGUGGCGACCAGAGGGGCAGGCAGAGCAGCAGCAGUAA